AUGGCCAAAUACAUAAGAUUGUCCGAAAAUAAGCGCAGGCUUAGACGAAAAAACUACAAAGAAAUGAUAGCGAACGUCAAGCCACGAGUGGACAACACAUCGCCAAAACUCAACAUCAGAGAAGCGUUACGUGCACCAAACUUACGCGAUGACUGCAAUGCCUUCGAACGCAUUCGGCGCAUGAACAACGAGCUACUACGCAGCGUUAAUAUGGUUUCGCGCAUCGGCGGCCCACUGAAUACAUUCCGAGAUAAAAUGCCUACUGUGGCAAGAUCACGUGUGCAUUACAUGGUGUUGCAGAAGCGCCUUCUGGAGAAGGACAAUAAGAAAUUCGGACAACUACUGAAGACUAUCGGCACUACUCUGGACACCCAUGUCGCUCCGCAUUUGUUGCGUCGAGUGAAAAAAGACUCCGUAGAAUUUGUAGUUCCCGCACAAAUAUUGGCCAAGUAUAGUCAACUACAAAUGCCACCAUGCUCACAGUUGCAACGGUUGCUGCGACCUGUAAUUUACCUUGAUUUCUAUGUGAAAGGCCUACGACCGGCAGGUCGCCUCACAGUGCAAUUGUACACUGAAGCCUGCCCACAGGUGGUGUUGGCCUUUGUGCGCACCUGCCACUAUCGAGAUAAAAAUAAUAUACUUGUAAAUCGACUAUUCCCCGGCCUCUGGCUUGAUUGUUGUUUGCAAUUGCCUGAAGGACAGAAACUCAAACCCGAGCGCAUUGAGUACGACAUGCGUGCGUUGGAUCACAAUCUUCCGGGCACUUUGUCCUUCUCGCUGGACAAUCAGGACGCCCUUAGGCAGAAUGCCUUGAGAUUCUCAAUGAGCCUUAAACCACUGAGGGUGUUGAAUGGCAAACGUAUCGCGUUUGGAGUAGUGCGAAGUGGCAUCAAAGUACUUGACUCUAUGCAAGUGUUCGGCAUGAAGAAGAGUGGCAAAUUAACAAAGGAAAUUAUAGUCAGCGAUAUUGGUUUGCUUGCGACAAAAUGA